AUGGGGGCGGUGCCAAGCCGGGAGACGAUGCAGCGGGGGCUGUACGUUCUGCGGCCACCGGCGGGCGGCAGUGUCGGAGGCAGCAAGAAGCAGGAAAUUGUGUUGAUCCCGCUGACGAAGGAGUUCUUUCCCUCCCCUGACUGCGCUCUCUUCGUACAGUUCCACAAGACCCGGUGCGAUGCGGGGGUGAACUACUACUUUCGCCGCCCGGGUUCCCCGGGCGACCUGAGCCGGAUACCGGCCACCGACAGCAGCGACGGGGAGUCGUCCAACCCGUCACGGGAGGCGUUAUACAGCGGGGUUGUGGAGCGGGUGGAGGAGAUGCUGUUUGACACUGACGAGGAAAUGCGGCAGGCGCACGAGCGUGCCGCGGGGCUGAUCUCCCCGGAUAGCGGCAGGGCCAAAAAACGCGUCCUUCCCAUCAUAUGUGCUGUUGCCUUUCGCUACAACCCUAGCAAGCUGGCACAGCAAAACAGCAACGCCAGCAUCAACGCUUCACAUCAGCUGCAGGCGGUGCUUGAGCAGGGGGUUUACCUCUGCGGGUCGAUUGUGAACAUCGUCGGCUGUUUCGGGUUCGUGCCCAUGGAGGUGGAGGGGGUGCAGGUGGCCGCCGCGGGCCUGGGCAGCGCCAGUGCGGGCAGUCAAGCAUACUGCACCGCGCCAAGCCCACCAUGCCCCUCCUUGCGUGAUGGAUUGCUUCUCUCGGACCCUCGGAACCAAAUCCUCAGCUCUGGAAUGCAGACCCCCGCGAUACCACACCCGAAACUAUGCGAGGACCAGUUGAGUCUUUCCACCGGCCAUUACCCGCACCCUCCUGUGCAGCCCACUCUGGCAGUUGCUUCCUCUUUGGCGUCAUCGCCGUCGUACAACCCACACCAGCGGGCGCCCCAGCAACAACCUCGUGUGCCCGUGCCAGGAGCAGCCGGGCUUAUUCACCUGGGCGGCAUCGCUGGGGCAAACUAUGACCAUUUCGUCUCGCUACCGCCUCCUGUGGCGGCACCGUUGGCGGCGAUUGUUUUCCUCACAAAAUCUGCGGGCGAACAAAAUCUCAGUCGCGUCACUUUGAUGGCAGCGGAGAUGUACUACAACCAACUCAUUGACGCUGGCUUGCUGCAGCGCUCCGCAAAGCAAACAACGCAUUCCUCGUAUUACGCGGGGUCCAGUAUGCCACCCAUGGACACGUUUAGUUUUUCCUCACUCAUGACGAAUGUGCCUAUUCUCUCCUUUCUGCAUGAGAUGCGCUGUCGCUUGGGGCACGUGGGUAUUGACCCUCACUUUGGCAGCCCCCAGCAUUCGCGUUCGAGCUCGCUAAACAGUUCCACAUCUACACUUCCUGGCACCCCUGUUGGGCUUGCUGACCCCACCGAGUUCGAGACGUGGAUCACCGAGGACAACAUGUUUCACGGUCGCAUUGGGAAGCAGUUGGCGGAGCAGCUCUGCCUUUCGCUGGCGGAGCACCCGGAGAUACUUGCGCGGCGUGUGGAGCCGCUUCCCUCGGAUGACACCUACUGGCGCUUCCGCGGACUUGUGGACCGCCACCAUCCCCCGCCGCUUCCCCUCAGCGAGGGUGGCACCACACCUGUGGAGAAGCUGGACGUGUACGUCAUGGGGGCUGCAGUGGUGGACGGGUUUGACGAGGGGGACGUGCUGCGCUACGACGCUGAGGUUGGACUGUGGGUGGCAGACCGCACCAUCCCGCUCGACGCGGUGGUGCUUGCGGCGAUGCGGCCGCACUGUAAGUCUGCACGCGAGGCCCCGCCGGAUGACCCUGGCUGGGUGGUCACAGUGCAGGAGGUUCAAGAGGGUGACGAGGACGGCGAUGCGACCGAGGUGCAGGCGGAGGCGGAAGAUGGAAGUAUGAACAACAACCUUGAAGAGCGGCUGGACGCGGUGGAGGGCGCAGGGAAAAGGCGGCACAAACAUGUUCAUGUGCGGGAUGGAAAUUUUUACAUCUACCGCUUCGAGUUGAAUGGCAGGACGUACUACCACGGCACGGUUCCCAACUUCGCGAACCCCAACAAGGGGUGUGUGCAGGGGGCGUCGCUUUUGUCGGCCCCGCGCAGAGACGGCGCCGCCGCCGAGGUGAGGCCUGCACCACCGCCUUCCGCGGGGCCCGGCGCGGGAGAUGCGUCGAAGUCGGGCGUGUGGGGGAGGGGCGGAAAUGGGGGGCCCAGGCAAGUCUUGCCCUCCAUCACCUCCGCCCUUUUUUCGCUUGUGCCGGACGGCGCCGGGGACGAGGUGCAGGAGGGCGGUGUCUCGUACCUCCCCACACGUGUCACCUCCACGGCGGUCGACACGGCGAAGCGGUGGAUGGGAACACUGUUUCAGUACGCUGCGAAUACGCGCCAGGCCUUCGCUGGAGUCGGUGCGGGUGCCGUGAAUGGGGCAGUUUCACGCUCGCCGCACCUUACGUCCCCGCCAUGGAUUUCAACCCCUCUGAUGCGGCGGCAACCGACGUUUGUUGAGGUAGGGCCCGAGGCAGUCCAGAGCGCGGCGUCGCAACGGCAUACGGUGGAGGAGAAAAACGGGUUCGUUAAACGCUUUAUACAUGAUACGCGAUAUGUGUGGGAUUGGCGGAAGUCUUGA